AUAAAAAUAGCACUUAAAGGUAAACGUUUUCAUGAUGUAGAUGAAAUAAAACAAAAUGCGACGGAGCAGCUGCGAGGAGUUUCUAAAAAUGACUUCCAGAGGUGUUUUCAAAAAUGGCAGAAACGUUGGAGAACAUGUAUAGACUCAGAAGGAGCAUAUUUUGAAGGAGAUUGA